CCUCCAUCCAAACAGCACGUUCUGUUCCUACCAUGAGCAAUCAGAACCCUCUACGCUCGUCUUUACGCUUAUUGUUAGUCUCCCACUUAACCUGCGAUACCUUCCUAGGAUUCUUGGCAGGUGGCGGCCUAGCCCUAACACUUUCGAACCGCUCGCUCCACGGCCUUACUACCGCCGCAGAAAUUGGUAGCAAAUAUGUACCAUUAGGCCGCGCGCGCCAUACCCUCAUCCUUUGUGUUGCUCUCGGCUUCACAGUUUGGGCCCGCCGAUUCUUAUUCGCCACGCCUCGCUACUAUGCAACCCUAUUUAGGACCCUCAGCGUAACGGAAAUACUGUCUUCACCCACCCCCUACGCCAACGUUGGGCUCGCACCGCGUGUUUCCCUUGCGGAUAUCGCACAAGGGGAGGUCUUACGCAGCUCCCAAGAUCGAAAAGUCGUUAAGGUUGGCUCGGACAUAGUAGCAAAACUCGGAUCAGAGCUAGACGAAGCGGAAGCAGAAAGCAUGGCAUUUAUCCGCAGCCACACGACAAUCCCGGUCCCGAAAGUGCUAAAUACUUACGGGGAGGACGGGUAUCGAUAUAUUCUUAUGGAUUUCGUCAAGGGUGAACUAUUGUCCAAGAUCUGGGACGAGCUCUCAUCCGCAGAACGGAGUGUCAUAUUGGACGAGUUGAGGGGCUACAUUCGUCAAAUGCGUCACAUUCAACGUCCUAAUGGCGCGCCGAUUGGUUCAGUCACCGGCGGUCCUGCGAUCGACAGACGCCAGUUUGGUUCUGCCACGGGUGGACCUUUCAAUUCAGAAGCGGACUUCAACGAAUGGCAACUGGCACAACUUCACGAAGAAAUCCCACUAUCGCGCCGAGAUAUGUACGCUGCCCUCCACAGAACAGACCAUAAAAUUGUUUUCAGUCAUGGUGACCUCGCUUUCCAUAACAUCAUAGUCUGGAGAGGCCACAUUGCCGCGAUUAUCGAUUGGCAAUAUUCAGGAUGGUAUCCUGAGCAUUGGGACUACUGUAAGACCCGUUCUUUCGUAUCAGGAACAGAUGAGCUUUAUAUCUGUUGCAAAAGGAUCUUUGAGAAGCAGUACCAUGCCGAGUAUUUCAUGGAUGAGUGGUUUACCCGAGAAGUGAGGCAUGGCGGAUUCUAGAGGGGUAACAUUUUGGCAGUUUCGACGACAAUGAGACAUUAUUAACUAUCCUUGAGCGCUUGUGC